AUGGGCUUCUAUAUCCUCAAUAGCUACUUCACCGCAAGAAUGACUUAUAAAGCUAGCCUUAGCCUGCUUUCCAAACAGAAGUUUGUCCCCAACUUCUGUUGUGAUGGCCAGAACAAGCUGAUAGCUUUAAUUGGAGGAUCUGUCUCUGAAAUCUCUGCCAAUAUGGCCAUUAUUUCAGCAAUCCACAAAAUUCCACAGGUGCAUCACUUUCUAGGUAACACCAUAUUCAAUAACAGUGCUGGAGACAUUGUGUACUUUGAUGUAAAUGGAGAAUUAGUGGCCAGUUUUGAUGUCACAAACUGGAUGAUGUUUCCCAAUGGCUCGGUGGCUAGAGUAAAAGUUGGAAGACUGGAACCCCAGGCUCCUCCAGGCAAAGAGUUAACCAUUCAUGAUGACCAGAUUGUCUGGCACCAAAGCUUUAAUCAGCACAAAGACAGUCCCAUAGUCAAAGCCAACAAUGCAACCCUUACCAGCAUCCUCCUCAUCUCCCUCCUCCUUUGCUUCCUCUGCUCCUUACUCUUCAUCGGACAACCUGAAAAGAUCAUCUGCCUUUUUCGACAAAUUACUUUUGGCAUCAUCUUUUCUGUGGCUCUUUCAUCUGUGUUGGCAAAAACCCUCACUGUGGUCCUGGCAUUCAUGGCAACCAAGCCAGGGGCCAAGAUGAGGAAAUGUGUGGGGAAAGGGCUGGCAAAUUCUAUGGUCCUUUCCUGCUCCUUCAUUCAAGCAGGCAUUUGUGCUCUUUGGUUAUUUACUUCUCCUCCGUUCCCAGAUAGAGACAUGCACUCAGUGCAUGGAGAGAUAAUACUAGAAUGUAAUGAAGGUUCAGCUACCAUGUUCUACUGUGUCUUGGCCUAUAUAGGCUUCCUAGCCUUUGCCAGCUUCAUUGUAGCUUUCCUAGCCAGGAAGUUGCCUGACAGUUUCAAUGAGGCCAAAUUUAUCACUUUCAGCAUGUUGGUGUUUUGCAGUGUUUGGUUGACUUUUAUUCCAACCUACUUCAGCACCAAGGGAAAAUACAUGGUGGCUGUGGAAAUCUUCUCCAUCUUGUCCUCUGGUGCUGGAUUACUGGGUUGCAUAUUUUUCCCUAAAUGCUACAUCAUUGUGCUGAGGCCCGAGCUGAACAGCAGGGAACAGCUAAUAAGGAGAAAACAAUGAGACAAUAUAAAAGCAUGUCUUUAUGGUACACUGUAAUCUAUAUUUCAUUA